AUGGAUGGGGACAGAAAGAAGAAACAUUGGUGUGCCUGGUUUGAUCUGUGUUUGCCAACUAAUGAGGGUGGUGCUGGUUUUAGCAAAGGUAAUCCAGGAUCAGCAGGUGGUGGUGGGAUUAUCAGAGACCAAACUGGAUCUAUGAUUCAGGCCUUUACAGAAUACUAUGGGCAGUCUAGUAACAAUAUUGCUGAAGCCAAUGCUAUGUUGAAAGGAAUUAAAAUAUACUUAAAUGCCGGUCUUUCUAAUAUUGUGGUAGAAUCAAAGUCCCUUUGGCUUAUAAAUAUCAUCAAUGAAAAGCUUGAUCCACCUUGGCAAAUCAAGCAAAUCAUUGAGCAGAUUACUAGCAUAACUAGUGCUGGUAAUUUUACUUUUGCGCAUAUAUUUAGAGAAGGUAACUUUACUGCUGACUUGCUUGCCAAUAUGAGAGAAAAUUCCAAGUCUUUUUCUAUCUUCACUGAAGCUACUUUCCCACCUUUAAAGGUUAGAGCCUCAAUGAAACUUGAAUUUGAUGGGCUCCCAAAUUUCAGACACAGGAAGAAGAACAAGUUCAUUUCUGAUUUUAGUUGA